AACAGUCGAACCUACUACAUAUAUUACACACGGAACAACCAACCUACCUUCUACCACCAUUCCACCAACAUCAAUAGAAACAACAGUUGAACCUACUACAUAUAUUACACACGGAACAACCGACCUGCCUUCUACCAGCAUUCCACCAACAUCAUCAGAAACAACAGUUGAAUCUACUACAUAUGUUACUUAUGACACCACCGAGCUAUCUUCUACCAGCAUUUCACCAACAUCAAUAGAAACAACAGUCGAGCCCACGACAUACAUUACACAUGACACCACCAACCUACCUUCUACCACCAUUUUACCAACAUCAUUAGGAACAACAGUUGAACCUACUAUAUAUAUUACACACGGAACAACCGACCUGCCUUCUACCAGCAUUCCACCAACAUCAUCAGAAACAACAUUUGAAUCUACUACAUAUGCUACUUAUGACACCACCGAGGUAUCUUCUACCAGCAUUCCACCAACAUCAAUAGAAACAACAGUUGAACCUACCACAUAUAUUACACAUGUAGCAACCAACCUGCCUUCUACCAGCAUUUCACCAACAUCAACAGAAAUAACAGUCUUGCCCAGUACCUAUGUUACCCAUGACACCUCCAACCCACCUUCUACCACUAUUUGGCCAACAUCAAUGGAAACGACAGUUGAACCUACGACAUAUAUUACACUUCAAACAACCAACCUACCUUCGGUCACCAUUUUACCAACAUCAAUAGAAACAACAGUCGAGCCCAGUACAUAUAUUACACUUGAAACGAUAACUACAAUGGCACCACCCAGAAGUAGUUGUUUGUCGAGGUGGGCAAAUAUUCUGUCUUAUGAUGCGACGUAUUGUAAUAAUGUAACAUUGGUCCCAUGGAUUAAUUGUAGUUGUAUGUUUCGAAAUGAUGCACAAAUUUUAGCAGUGGAUGAAGUGAGAAAUGGAACAAUCCUAAAUGGCACGGAUUUGGCUUUGCGGUUAACAGUAUAUUAUGCGUCAAUCAUGGAUUGUGCGACAAUUUUAAAUGAAUUCAAAAUCUUAACGCCCGAUGAAGUAGAGGCUAUUGUUCGUCGUCUUAACGAUCGUAUCGUAGUUUUCUCUCCGGAAUCACAUAUAGUAGUGCACUCCAUAAAUGAAAGCAAUGAUACAGUGAUAGGCGCUUCAUUUCAACAGAAUUCUCCAAGUCAAACUAUUUUCAACUCUAAUAAGUCUGUUGCUAUUAAUUCAAGGUUUUCAUCUGCUGCUAUUUUCCAUCCUGAUUCGUUAAUUGAUGCUACUUCAAUACCAACCGAAACAAGGGUGAUCACUUCCUUUCCUUAUGUUGUUUCUUCAAGAACAACAACUACUACUACGGUCUCCUCAACAACAACUACUACUACGGUCUCCUCAACAACAACUACUACUACGGUCUCCUCAACAGCAACUAUUACUACUGUUCCCUCAACAACAACUACUACUAGUGUCCCCUCAACAACAACUACUACUACCCCUUCACCAAUUUAUUAUAAUUCAAGCUCUUGUAAUAAUAGUUCCUUAUUACCAGUGAACGGCUCAUGUAAGCCAAUCGACGAAGUGCAAAACGAAGCUUUUCAAGCAAUUCGAUCGAAUGGCAGCUGUCUGAACGCGUCUGCCUUAGCAUAUUAUCUUACAGUGUACUCGGCAGCAAUUGCCCAUUCGAAUUUAUCGUCAAAUCUAAUUGACUAUUUGUCACCCGAGGAAAUCGAUGAAAAAGUUGGAUGUCUUAACGGUGAUGCUAUUGUUUUUGCGAAUACAUCAUUUUUAAUAUCAACACCAUUGAAGAAAGGAGAGGAUGCUGUCAUUGGUGCUUGGUUUUCAACAGAACAUGGUAGUGGUAAUAUAACAAAUUCGACUGUUGAUGAAAGACUGAACAACACCUUUUCAGCUGCAGCUGUUAUUCAAGUUGACACUUUGAUUGAUGUUAGGUAUCUCAAGUUAUUUUUGAUUGGCGAUCCCAAGAAUUAUCGUUAUGUGAACACUUCAAUGAAUGGUGUACUUGUUUCAUCAGUUAUUGUUGCAAGCCUAUCGAACACAACACAUACAUCUGGACGAAUGAAUAUUUCAUUAUAUUUUCGGAAUCAAGCUACCAAGGUGAAAAAUAUUUCUGAGGAUAACUUUCUUUGUGUAUAUUACGAUAACAAAACCAGGUCAUGGAACGAUACAGGUUGCACUAAACCCAAAUAUAAUUCGAAUUUCAUCCGAUACGAAUGUAAUUGCAAUCAUUUAACUUCAUUUGCUCUUCUCUGGUUAUCUCCAAGUAGUCUUGAUGCUAAACUCUCAGCUGA